GCGUGCGCCUUGGGGCCCAAGUUGGGGCGCGCCGUGGCUAGAACGCGGAGAGCGGCGGGCAGUGCAGCCAAUGGGAGGCGGCGCUGCCUAGCGGCUGGUAGGCGGUGCCUGCGCGGGUGUUAGGUUAGCGCGAGGCGUGACCUAGUUGACAGGCUCUGAGGUGCUGCUGUGGCGGCGUCCGCGGGGCUGAGGCGGGUGGGAGCCGGAGCCGAGCGCGGGCUGAGGGAGGAGGGCGGCGACUGGAGAGCAGCGAGCGGCGAGCAGCGCAGGACGCGGAGCCUCUUUCACUUUUUCCCUGCUGAGUGCCCCCUACCACCCCUCCCACUCCACACACACCCUGUUUGCCCGUGAGCCUGGGGAACUUGCAGCUUAAAGCCAGCCACCCCCACGGCAACAUGUACCCCAGCAACAAGAAGAAAAAGGUGUGGAGAGAGGAGAAAGAACGUUUACUGAAGAUGACCUUAGAAGAGAGACGCAAAGAAUACCUAAGAGACUAUGUUCCCCUGAACAGCAUUCUGUCAUGGAAGGAGGAGAUGAAGGGCAAGGGCCAAAAUGAUGAAGAAAAUACUCAGGAAACAUCCCAGGUGAAGAAAAGUUUGACUGAAAAAGUUUCUCUCUAUAGAGGCGACAUCACAUUGCUAGAGGUAGAUGCUAUAGUCAAUGCUGCAAAUGCCAGUCUUCUUGGAGGAGGAGGUGUGGAUGGCUGUAUUCAUAGAGCAGCUGGCCCCUGUUUGCUAGCUGAAUGUCGUAACCUGAAUGGCUGUGAUACUGGACAUGCAAAAAUCACAUGUGGCUAUGACCUGCCUGCAAAAUAUGUCAUCCAUACUGUAGGGCCAAUAGCCAGAGGCCAUAUUAAUGGUUCCCACAAGGAAGACCUUGCAAAUUGCUAUAAAUCAUCUCUGAAGCUGGUGAAAGAAAAUAACAUCCGAUCAGUUGCAUUUCCCUGCAUCUCAACAGGCAUUUAUGGCUUUCCGAAUGAGCCUGCUGCAGUCAUUGCCCUCAGCACCAUUAAGGAAUGGCUUGCCAAGAAUCACCAUGAGGUGGAUCGGAUCAUUUUCUGUGUCUUCUUAGAAGUUGACUUCAAAAUCUACAAAAAGAAAAUGAGUGAAUUUUUCUCUGUAGACGAUAAUAAUGAAGAAGAAGAGGAUGUCGAAAUGAAAGAAGAUUCAGAUGAGAAUGGUCCAGAGGAAAAGCAAAGUGUGGAAGAAAUGGAAGGACAGAGCCAAGAUGCAGAUGGUGUCAACACUGUCACGGUGCCUGGCCCCGCUUCCGAAGAGGCAGUGGAAGACUGUAAAGAUGAAGAUUCUGCAAAGGAUGACAAUAUUACAAAAGGCGGCGAAGUGACAGAUCAUUCUGUGUGUGACCAAGAUCAUCCCGAUGGACAAGAGAAUGAUUCAACGAAGAAUGAAAUAAAAAUUGAAACAGAAUCCCAGAGCUCAUAUAUGGAAACAGAAGAACUUGCAUCAAACCAAGAAGAUGCAGUGAUUGUGGAGAAACCAGAAGUGAUUCCAUUAACAGAUGACCAAGAAGAAAAAGAAGGUGAAAAAGCUCCAGGCGAGGACACACCUAGAGUGCCUGGGAAAAGUGAAGGCUCCAAUGACCUAGAAAAUACUCCAGGUCCUGAUGUGGAAAUGAAUAGUCAGGUUGACAAGGUAAAUGACCCAACAGAGAGUCAACAAGAAGAUCAACUAAUAGCAGUGGCACAAGAUGAAGCGAAGGAACAAAGAAAUGGAACUAAAUGACAAUCCUCGGUAUCGCAAGGCCUCUCCUGGCUCUGGGGGAGUUCGGGAAGAUAGCAGCACACGCUGUGGAGGAGGGUGGGGGUGGGGGGAAGGCAAGUCCCACAGAAGGACGGGGAAUCCUUUACUCUAAUUUCUCCAGCUGCAUUUUGUUCCGUUUAUCUGCAGAAAAAGAAAGAAAAAAAGAAAAAAAAUUCCUUUAAUUUGGUGGAGGGACCCACGUUAACGCAUCUUUCAGGCAUUAUCCUUGUAAUCUCUGUCUUUUCUCUUACAACUUGGCCCCAGGGUCACAGUGGCUUGGUUGAACAAUCACAUGUGUAUCCUGGCCCCGUCUGCUUUCUUGGUUAUUUCACAAAGCUGGUCACACAGUGGUGUAUUCAAAGGAAGGGGAGGAAGACAGUUGUUUAAUGAGCUGCAGGCUACAUUUUAGGAAUCAAUGGGCCCAGCAGCAGUAUAAUCCCUAGACAGACGAGGCAGGAUAAAAAAUGGGCAAAAGCCUUGGAAACCACUUGGAAAAGGUCUGGACAGUGAGGUGAAAAUAUUUUCUUCAGGGAUUCCCAAGGCACAGUUUAUUCCAAGUGGCUAAUGAGAAAUAUGGAAGGUGAAUUUUUUCCAGAGCACAGUGCAGAGGCAUAACAGAAGGGUGGGCCCUGGCAGCCAUCUGGGUCUCUUCCUUCCUAACCAGGGUGGCAGGUGCAUCCUUCUUUCCCAUUGACUUUCAGCAGAGCUUACUUGGUUCGCGAGGUCUUCACAUGGAGACCACCAGUGAGAGGUGACUCUUCGCUGGAUAACUGUAAAGGAUGGCCCUUUGCUAGGUGUUGCAGUUAAAAGCUAAGACAAGGGGCACUGCAUUUAGGACCCAAACAUACGCCUAUGAAUAUCAAAAGCUCCCCCUGAAAUCUCUGUAUGUUUUCCAUAAAAGAACAUCCUGUCUUCACCCAAGGCUUGACAGCCCACAGAGUAGUCUCGUUUGAAAUUACAGGAAAUUAGAGCUUUUGCUUGCAGUUCUGUCUUCCUAGUCUGUGUUUAAAUGGUGUCACUUGUUUAUGCCAAGUUCAAGGCUGAUUUGAUGGUUGUUCCCCUCACCCAGAAAACCCUGAAGGGGAGGAUACAGCCCUGAAGGGGAACAGCAGUACUAAAAACCCAAGAUGCCAGUGGGCACAAGGGAUGGCGAUCUUGAGGAGGCCAGGCGUCGUCACCGGUAUCUAUCCUAGAGCCUGUAUAAGGCUAGACGCCUACUUCCCACAGCCUCCCCGGGUUCCAAAGUCAUGUCAUUGUUUUCAGUGGAAACAUAUCGUUUGUUUCAUAUCUUCUUAAAUCCAUCUUCCUUAUAAGGGCUUUAGAGUUAAAACUUAUUUAUAUUGUUUUUCCUAACAGAGGGAGAAAAAUAGUGGAUUGAGUAUUAUUUCUAAAAUAAAAGGAUGUUCUGUUUUCUAAAUAUUCCAUCAAAUUCUUCAGUUUUGUACUUUGUCGAUGGAAAAUUCAUCUUCUUAUCUUCCUAUGACUUUGGUUUUAGCCUUUCUGAAUUUGUUACCCCUUCUGGAUGGCUUAUUUGAUAUACUGGAAUAGUUAACAAGCUAUACUUCAGCACACGCAAUAUAUUCUAACAAAAAUUUUUUAAAUAAAAUCAAGACAUCAGCAAGAAUGACAUUUACGUGACCUCAUAAUGUGGGAUUAUGGCCUUCUGUUGCUAUUCCAGUUUGAUAUGGAAGCAUCUAUAUCCUCUAUUGCCAUUAGAUGUUGCUUUUUGGAAAAGCAAAGAAAAGGCUCAUUUUAAGGAAUCCAAGAAAUGAUGUCAUCCAAAUAUUGACAGUUUCUAUAUUUCACGCCAUCUUUAUAACUCAGUUGAAAGUUGCCAUCAUUCUUGUCAAGUGUUUGACAAGUACAAUCUGCUAGAAGCUCGUUUUUCUCGUGACUCCCAAAUGUUAGUGCUACUCAGCCUCAGUAAUGAGUUACAGUUGAAAAAAACAUGAGGGAAACAGAGGGACAGAGAUUUUCUAAUGAACAAUGAUGGAAGAGACCUAAUGUCCUCGCUAGAAACAGCCAGGAUGGGAAUUAUCCAGCCCUGGCAUUCUCCUUAUCAUCAAUGACAGUCAUUUAAUUCAUUUAUUUUAAAUUGGGUGGGGUAGAAGUGGAAGGAGGGAAUUAUCUGCCUAAAAAUUCUAGAAGAAUGAAAGUAAUCUUUGUAUCUAGGAAGCUAAGAGAAUGAGGAAUAAAUAUCUUCAGCCCCACUCCUGAAUUUGAUUUAUCUUCAAUCUGUAAUUAGAUUGUGUUUUCAUUUUUGCUUCGUCAUGCUUGUUGGUUGCUAUUUGGCUAUGCAGUUUUAUGCUUUAAAACAAAUGAUAAAGUUAAUUUCCAAUUCAAUAGUGAAAUAUUAACAAUCUAACUAUAGCCAGAUCAAAGACACCUGAACACAGAAAACCUUCAUUUGCUGGUGCCGCCAUUGGCUGGCUGUACAAUGGAAUAGAAUUGAAAAGCUGAUUGAUUUUCCUGCACAUAAAUUCUGGAUGUCAAUUUCCAACCAAACUCCAAUCCAGCUAUGUGGCAUGAAGGGUUACAGGAAGGAGGGAGGAAAAUAACCCUAUGUUAGUCAUGUUUGCGUACAGAGGACCAAAGUAGGCCUUCAACAUAAUAGUUCUAAUUAAAAUGGUCCUCGCUGUAGGAGAGACAAAGGGGCCUUUCCUCUAGCUGGUAACUAUUCAGAUGAUGGACAAGUCUUCUUUCAUAAAAAAUUACAAAGAAGGCAUCCGAAUCACUGUCUGUGAUACUGGGUCACAUAUUAAUCACCGCAGCUAAUUGUAAAUCUUUCUAUGAAACACUGAAAAGCCUCUUUGUGAAUUAAUACAGUUCUGCUUGAUGCACUUGAUUUGAAAAGACAUUUCUCUGUAUGUGGUGCAUGUCGGCUUUGCUUUGAAAAAUAACAAAGUUAGCAGAAUAUGUUCAAUAUAUUUUCUUGGGGAAUAGGGUUUUUAUUACAUGAUUCAUUAAGGAUUUGCCUUACCCUGACAUUUGUGAUAUAAAGGAAAAUCAGAAAAAAAAGUAAUUUUCUUGAUCAAGGUAUGUUUUUACUUAAUGCAAAUAAAUGUAGUCUGUUGCUUGCAAGGAAAAAAAAAAUGGCUUCUGAUAUCUGGUAUAAACUGCUAAAUAGGAUAAUACGUGCCUCUUUUGUUAAACCAGCAUUUAAAUGCUGGACUGCUUCUAAAUCUGUUUGUUUCUUUUCAUCUGUGCCAUACACUAAAAAACAACUGUUGCCUUCAUACUAUAUUUGUUAGAGCAGAAUACAAAUAAAAUUUGAGAGGAUAAUGUGAAA